GCCUGAGAAGAGUCAGUGCUGAGUCUCCAGUGUUCCUUUCACGUCUGCACCAAAGCGAGCCUGAGACCCUGCAAAGCAAGGCAUGCGCUCCUCAUUCGCAGCUCUUUUAAAUUGAGCUCUUAUGGGCAUCUGCAGCAGCCUGGUUGAGUCAGAACUGAGAGAAGCAGCAGCAGCAGCAGGAGACUACACUUAAUCACUCCAUUGGAUAUAUAAUAACCUCCAGGACGCAGGGAACUGAAGAAAACCCCUCAGCUGGUUGCAGGAUGCUCUGGAAACUUGCCUUAUCUGUUUUUCUGGUGGCGACCUUAGUUAAAGUAACAGAUACCAGGAAAAACCGUCCUGCAGGAGCAAUUCCAUCUCCCUAUAAAGACAGCACAAGCAACAACUCAGAGAGGAGGCAGCAUCUGAACAAAGAAGUACUGGCUUCCAGCCAGGAGGCCCUAGUGGUCACUGAGAGGAAGUACCUUAAAAGUGACUGGUGCAAAACCCAACCCCUGCGGCAGACUGUCAGCGAGGAGGGCUGCAUAAGCCGCACCAUCAUCAACCGUUUCUGCUAUGGCCAGUGCAACUCCUUCUACAUCCCCCGGCAUGUGAAAAAGGAUGAGGAAUCCUUCCAGUCCUGUGCUUUCUGCAAGCCUCAGAAAGUCACCUCCUUCACUGUGGAGCUGGAGUGCCCUGAGCUGGAUCCACCUUUCCGACUCAAGAAAAUCCAGAAAGUCAAGCAGUGCAGGUGUAUGUCUGUGAAUCUCAGCAACUCAGACAAACAGUGAAAGCAAGUAUCUGGCUACUGCUUGGCAUCACCUCAUCAGAUUUGCUGCUGUCUCUCAUCUUCCCUGAGCAGACUCAUUGUCUGGUUUUUUUUCUUCAGGAUGCAUCUUUCUAGCAUGGAAGGCUCACUUGUCAUUUGCCUACUGGAACUAAAAUUUGUCCUGGGCUAUGUUAGGCACCUUGUCAUAAAACCUCAGCAUAUUUCCAAUAUAAUUCUCUUAAAAUUGAAUUUUAAGGGUGGAGCAGGCCCCUCUGAAUUUGGGAUUGAUCAUCUAGGUGACCGAUGGCUGAAUCCAGCAUUAACAUUUCCACUAUGUGGGAAAAACCCUCUGCCCUACACUCCAGUCCUUUCUGUGGGAAGAAAAUGUGUCUCGCUACCUUUGCAUCUCACUCAGUGUUCAGUCUGGAGCUUUUCACCUUCAUAUUUAAGCGCUUGGUGCUGCCAGCUGUGGCUGUGAGGUGCAGCUAUGGGAUACAGUAGAGUACUAAAAGAAAAUGAGAGGCUGUGAGCAUGAUGAGAGAUCUCUAACUGUAGGAUGACAAAAUGGCUCUGCGCUCCUUGUCUGAGAUGGAGAGGAGCAUGGGGAGAGGGAACGUUGGUCGGCCACAACACUCUCAGCAGCUACCGCUUUUCCAUCAGCAGACUGAAGAUGGAUUCUUGUGCUGCUGCAAUUUGUCUAUAUCAAACACAGUCUCUACAGCAAUGUUUAUUUUGUAACCUAGCUAUAGUAAAGUUGUUUAAAAUAUUAUUAGACCUAGUCAUGUAUAUUUUUCUUCUGGCAGAAUAUUCCAAAGAUUAGAUUAAAGUGUCUUGAGUAAAUAGACUUGAUUGCUAGGUCAGUCACCUGACUUGAAACUGACAGGUUUUGAAUGGGCUUUCAGUAAAUUCUGCCUUAGUAUGUUCCCAAACCCAUCCAGUUAUUGCUGUGUAUUUAUACCUGUGUGGGGUGGGGGGGAGGGUAUUAAACACUUGUGGGAGCAAUAUUCCACUUAAGUUAUUAAAGCAUUGUAGCGCAAAGGACAGAUUGCAGUCAUUGUUGCUUUGAAUACAGAUGCUGCCUUACAUAUCAGUUUCUUCAUAUGUCAGGAGCGUCUACACAGUGAAUGGGAAUCAAGUGACCUUUGUCAUGUUGAAAGAAGAGCACGCUAGCAAAUGCUUGUAGAAUGUGGUCACAGCUACAGAAAUGAGGAAGGGUUCUGUCCCCUCCUUUACAAAUUGGGAGGGAAUAAGCUGUUGUAACUACUGCAGCAGUGUUGCCCCAUUACACUUUUGAUAUAGGGGUAUAAUGAAUCAGUGUCAAUGGAUAUUUUAAUUCAUUUAAAGUCAUACUAAGUUACUCACUCACCAAAGUUUAGCAUGUUUGUAUAUUCAGUAUGUUCCAGUUCAGAUUUCUAAGACCAGUGGCUGUAAUGUCUUCUCUUUAAACACAGUAAGUUAAUCAAAGAGCACACCAACCAAUACCAGAGACUAAUGUGUGACAUUAUUGCAUGUCUUAUAGCUUAGCACCUGCAAUACUUCUGGGCUAAUGAAACUAGCCUGUGGAGCACUUCUCUAGCAACAUCUUCAGGAAUGACCAAUCCCAAGGGUUAAAAGUGUUACAGACUGUUGCCAUCUAUGAGUUCAGUGGCACAGUUCACUAUUAUGCGAGGCAGGCUGCUUUAAGAGGCUUUUGGUACUGAUCUCUGCUAGAGCUCACCAAUCGGUUUAUGGGGAUUGGCACGGGGAGGAUGGGAUCAGGUAGGUAUUUUACCCUGUUACAGCUACAUUGUGUGUAUUUUCUGCCUUGUUGUUACACAAUGGCAGAGCUGCCAAGGGAGACUCCUAGUCCAGGGCUUGCUUUAGAGGCUGUUACUGCUCUGCGGUCAGCCAUAUGAAUGGGCACUCCUAAAUCCAGGUUAUUGGGAGUUUUUUGAUAGUACAGAGGGAGUUUGAAAUGCCUUCAGCCCAUUAGGGUUCUAGGAUUAUGAAUGUGUCCUUGAAGGAAGAGAUUGUAAAGUCAGACCCUUGUAGCUAAGACUAGAUAGAAAUGCCCUGGGCCCUUCUUAAUUAUAUUAACUCUACAAUUAUUUAAGGAAAAAAUAGGCAAGAAUGCUUAUCAUUAAGCUACACCCAAGCAGGGUUUCUCACCAAUUUGCAAUAUGAAUAUGCUGCAGCAUGAAGCUCCUCCUUGGGGCUGUUUGUAUGUAAAAACUGAGUAGAGCUUGUAAGGGUUCAAACUGUAUUUAAUUCUUUGUUUUAUAAAUGAAAACAAAAAAUGAAGAAAUAUAAUUAUUUUAUAGGUGUAUUAUUAAAUUAUAGAACAAAUAA